GGGGAGCGAACCACUGACCCCGGGGGCCUGCGGGCCGUACCAUUGGCGCCUCAUCCGAGGGGACGCGGGGUCCGGAGGGCUGAGCCGCUCCGUGCUCGCCCUGGGUCGGAGGGUGAUCCACGCCUCUGGGAGGAGCAAAGGGCGGAGAUCGCCCGCCGCCGCGACCACCUUCCCCAGAGGGGCCCCGGCCGAGAGGCGAGGCUUCCCCGUCCUCUUCUGGAAGCUUCCCUGUCCGGGGCUCGAGGAAACCCCGCCCGCCCCGCCUGGUCGGAUGCUCAGUCUUUGCAUCUGCGGAAUGGGCGCACCGAUGCCCCCGGGUGGGCACGGCUUGGCCCGACCCGAAAGGCGGACCACUUGUUGCAGCCAUGGUCCUGUCUUCUGGCAGAGUGAAAGCCUCGUACCCCGCGCGUCGCUGUCAGGCGCUCCCCCGAUCCGAUGGAGGAGAACGAGGUGGAGAGCAGUAGCGACGCCGCCCCUCGGCCUGGGCAGCCCGAGGAGCCCUCGGAGAGCGGCCUGGGUGUGGGCACCUCAGAAGCCGUGUCCGCCGACAGCAGCGAUGCGGCAGCCGCCCCAGGAUUAACGGAGGCCGACGACUCGGGCGUGGGGCAGAGCUCAGACAGUGGCAGCCGCUCUGUGGAGGAGGUAUCCGAGAGCAUUUCAACAGACGCGUUGCCUCAUGGCUACCUCCCUGAUUCAUCUUCUGUGUCCCGGGGAACAGUGGCAGAGGUGCCAGGUGGCCCCCCAGCCCUGGUGCAUUCCAGUGUUCUCCCAGACCCCAGCCUGCUGGUGUCAGACUGCACAGCUUCCUCUUCAGACCUAGGUGCUGCCAUUGACAAGAUCAUUGAGUCCACCAUUGGCCCCGACCUCAUCCAGAGAUGCAUCACUGUGACCAGUGCUGAAGAAGGAGGAGCUGAAACCACUCAGUACCUGAUCCUACAGGGCCCAGAUGAUGGUGCUCCCAUGACCUCACCAAUGUCUACUUCCACCCUGGUCAAUAGUCUGUCAGCCAUUGAAACCGUGGCCGACGGCCCCACGUCCACAUCAACGUGCCUCGAGCCUCCGGAGGAGCCCCAGGGAGAGCACAGCUCUGCAGCGCAGCCACUGCCAGCCUGUGGCCCUGAUGAGCUGGAGCUGCAGAGCCUGGAGGCCCUGAUGGAGGUGGUGGUCGUGCAGCAGUUUAAAUGCAAGAUGUGCCAGUACCGCAGCAGCACCAAGGCAACCCUGCUCCGCCACAUGCGCGAGCGCCACUUCCGCCCAGCAGCAACAGCAGCCGCCGCUGGUAAGAGGGGACGCCUACGGAAGUGGGGCACAUCGACCCACAAGACCACGGAGGAGGAAGGGCCCGAGGACGAGGAGGAGGAGGAGGAUGACAUUGUGGAUGCCGGGGCCAUUGAUGAUCUAGAGGAGGACAGUGACUACAAUCCAGCUGAGGAUGAGCCCCGGGGCCGGCAGCUACGGCUCCAGCGUCCCACCCCCAGUACCCCAAGACCUCGAAGGAGGCCUGGCCGACCCCGAAAACUGCCCCGCCUAGAGACUGCAGACUUCUAUGAUGGUGUAGCAGAGCCUCUGGUGAGUUCCCAGAGCACACAGAGUUCUCCAGAACUGCAGGAUCUUGAGGCUCCCAGCUCCUCGGGCCCAGGAUGCCUAUGGGGCAAGAUGGGGAGGGGCCCAGUGGAAUCCGGUGUGAGUCAGUCAGAUGCUGAAAAUGCAGCCCACUCUUGCAAGGAUGAACCUGAUGUCCCUCCCCGCCGCCGAGGGCGACCCUCCAGGAGGUUCCUAGGGAAAAAAUACCGAAAGUACUACUACAAGUCUCCCAAGCCACUGCUUAGGCCUUACCUGUGCCGCAUAUGUGGCUCACGCUUCCUGUCCCUUGAGGACCUGCGCUUCCAUGUCAAUUCCCAUGAAGCUGGUGACCCACAACUCUUCAAGUGCCUGCAAUGUAGCUACCGCUCCCGCCGCUGGUCCUCACUCAAGGAGCACAUGUUCAACCAUGUGGGCAGCAAGCCCUACAAGUGUGACGAAUGCAGCUACACCAGUGUCUACCGGAAGGAUGUCAUCCGCCAUGCGGCCGUGCACAGCCGGGACCGAAAGAAGAGGCCAGAUCCGACCCCAAAGCUGAGCUCUUUCCCUUGCCCAGUGUGUGGCCGUGUGUACCCCAUGCAAAAGAGGCUCACACAGCACAUGAAGACGCACAGCACUGAGAAGCCGCACAUGUGUGAUAAGUGUGGAAAGUCCUUUAAGAAACGCUACACCUUCAAAAUGCAUCUGCUCACACAUAUCCAGGCUGUUGCCCACCGCAGGUUCAAAUGUGAGUUCUGCGAGUUUGUUUGUGACGACAAGAAGGCACUGUUGAACCACCAGUUGUCCCAUGUUAGCGACAAGCCCUUCAGAUGCAGCUUCUGUCCCUACCGAACCUUCCGUGAGGAUUUCCUGCUAUCCCAUGUGGCUGUCAAGCACACAGGGGCCAAGCCCUUCGCCUGUGAGUACUGCCACUUCAGCACUCGUCACAAGAAGAACCUGCGCCUUCACGUACGAUGCCGACAUGCCAACAGCUUUGAGGAGUGGGGCCGGCGCCACCCUGAGGAUCCCCCCUCCCGCCGCCGCCCCUUCUUCUCUGUGCAGCAGAUAGAAGAGCUGAAGCAGCAGCACACUGGAGCCCCUGGCCUACCUUCCAGUGCACCAGGACCCCAGGUCCCCCAAGAGCCAGCACCUUUCCAGUCACCUGAGACUCCCCCACUACUCUGUCCUGAUGCCCUAAGUGGUGCCACAAUCAUCUACCAGCAAGGAGCUGAGGAGUCCACUGCGAUGGCCACUCAGACAGCCUUGGAUCUGCUGCUGAACAUGAGCUCCCAGCGGGAGCUAGGGGCCACAGCCCUGCAGGUGGCUGUGGUGAAGUCAGAGGGCAUGGAGGCGGAGUUGACAUCUACUGGUAGGCAGCCUUCCCCUGAAGAUACCACGCCACAGGUGGUGACACUUCAUGUGGGAGAGCCAGGGAGCAGCUUGGCAGCCGAGAGCCAGCUAGGCCCCUCUGACCUACAGCAGAUUGCCUUGCCAUCUGGAUCAUUUGGUGGGGCCAGCUACAGUGUCAUCACAGCACCCCCUCUGGAAGAGAGGACCUCAGCUCCUGGCACAUCGUACAGGCCUCCACCCUCUGCCCUUAGUGAAGAGCCUCCUGGAGAAGCAGCCCAGACUGUGGUUGUGAGUGACUCUCUCAAGGAGGCUGGCACCCACUACAUCAUGGCAGCUGAUGGGACUCAGUUACACCACAUCGAGUUGACUGCAGAUGGCUCCAUCUCCUUCCCAAGUCCAGAUACCCUGGCCUCUGGAACAAAAUGGCCCCUGCUGCAGUGUGAAGGGCCACCCAGAAAUGGUCCUGAGGUUAUAUCUCCACUGAAGACCCACCAUGUGGAAGGCCCCCAGGGCUCUCCCACCCCACCCCCUGCAACUAGCAACACUGUAGGCCUGGUAGUACCCACUUCCCCACCGUCUGCAGCAGCUUUGUCAGCAAAGAAGUUCUCCUGCAAGGUGUGCUCAGAGGCCUUUGCUGGCCGAGCAGAGAUGGAGAGUCACAAGCGGGCCCAUGCUGGGCCUGCUGCCUUCAAAUGCCCUGACUGCCCCUUCCAUGCUCGCCAAUGGCCUGAGGUCCGGGCUCACAUGGCGCAGCACUCAAGCCUAAGGCCUCACCAGUGUAAUCAAUGUAGCUUCGCCUCUAAGAACAAGAAGGAUCUGAGGCGGCACAUGCUAACGCACACCAACGAGAAGCCUUUCUCAUGCCACCUCUGUGGGCAGCGUUUCAACCGGAAUGGGCACCUCAAAUUUCACAUCCAGCGGCUACAUAGCAGUGAUGGCAGAAAGACUGGAGCUUCUACAGCCCGAGCCCCAGCUCAGACCAUCAUCCUCAACAGUGAGGAGGAAACACUGGCCACACUGCACACUGCCCUCCAGUCCAGUCAUGGGGUCCUGGGUCCAGAGCGGCUACAGCAGGCACUGAGCCAGGAACACAUCUUUGUGGCCCAGGAACAGACAGUGACCAACCAGGAGGAAGCUGCCUAUAUCCAGGAAAUCACCACAGCAGAUGGCCAGACAGUACAGCACCUAGUGACUAAUGACAACCAGGUUCAGUAUAUCAUCGCUCAGGACGGCGUUCAGCACCUGCUGCCUCAGGAGUAUGUCGUGGUCCCUGAUGGCCAUCAUAUCCAGCUUCCUACCUCCAGGUCCAGGAAGGCCAGAUCACACACAUCCAGUAUGAGCAAGGUACCCCAUUCCUGCAGGAGUCCCAGAUCCAGUAUGUUCCUGUGUCCCCAGGCCAGCAGCUUGUUACCCAGGCUCAGCUUGAGGCUGCAGCACAUUCUGCUGUUACAGCGGUGGCCGAUGCUGCCAUGGCCCAAGCCCAGGGCCUGUUUGGCACUGAGGAGGCAGUGCCUGAACACAUCCAACAGCUGCAACACCAGGGCAUCGAGUACGACGUCAUUACCAUCACGGAUGACUGAGCCACAAAGGCCCAACGCUGAUCUUGGAUAUCGGGGCCAGCUCUCCUGGAGACUAGGGACUUUCUUGUCCUACUUAGGGCCUCCAGAUACCGGACAGUCAGUAUCCCUUGACUCCAAAGGAGCCAGACCUGUGCUCUUGUGGGGCAGCCAUGGGCCCCAGCCAGGACAUGCUGGGUACUUAAGCCUGCUGGCAGGCUUUGGGAGAGAAGUUUAUUUUUGUUUGGAUGGACCCACUGGCUCCUCAGUCUCAAUAAAGGGACCAGAGUCCAGCCCUUGUAGCUCUCUUUGUACAUGGUGCUAAUAACCUGAACCAGGUAAGGGCCAGGAAAGCAGGCAGAAAUCUCAACAAGUGGAGGCUACUUGGCUCCACAGUCAGCUGGCCCACCUGUUCCAGUGGUCCCAGUACAGGCCAAAGUAGCCUGACCUCAGGAGAGGACUGAGCUAGAGAGAACCCUGCUUUCUCCAUGGGCUCCCUGUCUCCAGGACCUCAAAGGGCAGGUACUAUACCUCUGAGGCUGUAUUUGCUCCUGAGCCUUGACUGUAAAGCAUUUAGCAGCCUGUAAGUCUGGUUUAGACAUGGCAGGUCCCAGACUUAUCCAGGCAGGCUCAGCUGUAGUGCUCUGGACUCCUCCAACCUGCUGAGCUAAGAAGCCUCUAGGGACUCAGAUCUGCAGGGACCCAGGGAUGGUAUGAAAGCCUAGGGAUCUUGAUAAGGGGCACCUAGAUGUGGUAGGGAAUGGUCAGAGAGGCAACUGCCCCAAGACCCUCACGCACUCUUAGGGAGUUUCUGUAUUUCCUUUUACAAAUGAAACAAGGCAGCAACAGGGUCAAUGUGGGGCUGGGAAGGCAUGGGCCUAUUUACAAGGGACUUGGUGAAUCGCAGGGAGGGGGAGCCCUGGCAGAGCCAUAAUAUUCCUAUGUCCUUGGCAGCCCAAGUCCUGCUGCCACCCCAGGGGAGGGCCCUGGAGCCUACUCAGCCCUGAGGACUUAGUCCCAGCAGUCAGUCACAGCACCCCUGGGGCUCCUCCUCCCCGAAGGAUAUGUUAAGUGGGGUGAGGCUCUCGACUAGGGCCCUGCUCCCGGCCCGAGUCCCGGUCCUUGGCCUCUGAGGAGGAGGAGGAAGAGCUGGAGCCGUGGCUGCGGCCUGACUGCUUGUAGGCAGUGGUGAGCUCCUGCAGUCGCUCUGGCGUUGGCCCCCACUUGGCAAAGCCGGGGUCGUUCUGCAGGAAGAGCACGGCUGUGUUGUGGACGGCCUUGUAGUGCAUUUCCUCCCUGUGGGCAAAGGGAGCUGCUGAAGAUAGGGCACAGACUGGCCUGCUCACCCAGCCUGCCAGCCUGACCUGGCUUCCUUCCCCUGCUGCCUGGGCACCUACUUCUUGCAGAUGUGCUGGGAGCCACUGCGGUACUCGUGCUCAAAGGCGGGCAAGACCAGCUGGUGGCGUUUGAAGCGGCUCUGCUCCAUUCGGGUGAGCGCUGGUGUGGGGGGCUCCCGCCACUCGGGGAUGAACACAAUGAAGGACAGGGGCUCUGGUGAGCUCUCCAGCAGUUUCUACGGGAGGGAAAGUAUGGGGUGGAGAUGCGGUUCUGCCCUGGAGGGCAGUUUGUAGUUUUGCCUGCCCCGUCAGUUGGUAGCACACCCACCUCAAAGUGAGAGACCAUAGCGUCCAUGAGCUCCUCGCAGAACGGAGGGUUGGCCUCAAAGGAGCCACUCAGCGGGGCGAAGUCCAGGCAGGGCCUACAGAAAGGUGAGCAUUGUAGCCCCACCAGCACCCAGUCCUCAUACAUACUUCCCCUACCUCUAGACGGUCACAAUGAAGAGAUGACCAGUCAGGACAGAGGCCAACAUUCACCCUUAAUUAUGCUAGAACAAGGAAGUGACCAUGUCCCUUGAGUAGGUAACCUGAGGACAGAGGCUAGGUGUGUAUGCCUGUGUCCACUAAGUUGAACUAGAGUCCAAAGCCAGCACAGCAGAAGUCACAUCCAGGGCUUUCCCAGCUGAUGAGCACAGCCUCCCUCUCUCCUUCCAGUGAGCACUUUCUUCCUAUAGUAUAUCUGGUCAUUUGUACUCCUCACCCUGCUGCUUUUGAGGUCUGCCUUACCCUUCUCAUCCCCCAGUGCCUGCAGCCAAGGGCUCCUAAUCCAAACCGAAGCCAAUUCACAGAGAAGCCUACAUGCCAGCUUAGAUAGUAUCUGUUAUAUGUCUGCCAUGAAGCCAGAAAACUGUAGGCUCUUGUUGCUUCCUCAGCAUGUCAAAGGUCAUAUGGUAAAUAGUGAAGACGGGUUACCUUCAAGGUUGUCUGAUUCCAAAGCCCUAAGCAUUAAGAAGCAACUGGCUCAGGUGGGACCUAUACCCUAAAAGACAUCUUUAUGGGCAGAAGGGCCCCAGCAAUCCCUGGAUCUCACCCGCGGGAGCCAAAGUAGCCAUCUGUGUCAGGGAAGGCAGAACAGUACUGGCGGAAGUAGCAGUUGAGGGGUGAGGCGAAGCACUCGAAACUGACGCCAAAGAGUCGGUGCAGGACCUCAAAGACGUGCACAGGCAGCGAUCCCUGCAGGCCAGUCCCCUCAUACAGGCCCACGCCAAACAUCAUCUGCAGAUUAGCCUUAGUCAGUGUAAGGCUCUAUCUCCGUGCUCCCGUCCAAGGGAGUCCUCCCUGGCCCCAGAUCUAUACCUGGUACCGACGGAGAAGACACCAGACUCGAGGCAGGAACCUCUCAAAGGCAGAGUCAUCAACACAACUGUAGCGAUAAAGGAGCCACUGUAUGACAGAAAGAAGGGGGUUCAGCAGUGAUCUUGUGACCUCAUCACUGACCAGCUGCUGAGGGCUGUGGUCAAGGAAGACCCCAAGCCUCCACUCACUCCGUAGCAUGGGCCUCCCCAGCUCUCACCAGUUUGCUGAAGUAGCUGCGGCUGACCUUGACCAUCUCUCCCUUAUACCGGAUGCAGACCACACUGUUCUCCAUGUGCAUCUCCACACUAGGCAUGGGGGGUGCAGACACAGCUAGACGGACUGGGUAGCAGUACACCAGGCGGGGCUCCAACUCUGAGGCCUCCACCUCCUCUGUGGGCAGGGAAGGAUAGUGAGGGGCUGUCCAACUCUAGACAGCCUAGACAGUCCUCGCACCCAUUGUGCAGUGCUUACAUGGAUCAGGUAAUGAAACAGUUUCCAUUAAAAAAAGCCACCAGGCAACUGGCAUUAACUGAUGGCAUGUAUCAACACACUCAGCAUUGAAGCAGAUUUGCAAUGCCUAAGGCCCACCAGACAAAUUGGAAGUAUGAAAACAGUGGCCUUUGUCUGGCUAGUUAAGUUUGCUUAUGCAGGGAUCUUUGGGGCCUGUGUAGUUUUUGGCUAUGAACACUCACAUUGUUAUGGCAAGCAUCAGUUACACUAGGGUCUGGGAAAAGCGAAGGUUUAGGGAACGGAUUUGUCCCAGGUCUGCUUAACUAAGUGGCCCAUCUUUCAUCAGCUUCUGGCUCAUCGAUUCAUUCCCAGAGGAGUACUAACACAUUACUCCCAAGAAAUAACUCUCCCAGGUCAGUCCAGUCCUGGCUGUGAGGCCCAGCCAGGGCCUAGGACACAGACUAGAUGGCAUUGUAGCUGGCUCCCCAUGUGGGCCCUACCUGGGAUGUUGUUUUCCUUGAGGAUGGCGAGGUGCUUCUCUCGGAUCCGUUUGACAUACUCCAGGGAGAUGUGGUAGAUCUUGCUACAGAUGCCUUCCACAGAGUCCUUGGCUGCAGCAGAGACAUGGGGCCCACACUGCCUCCGCAGGUGCUCCAGGCGGUCCUGGAGAAAAGCCCUGGUCAGGACACUGGUGGCAAAAGGGCUGGCAUCUCCUGUUGGGGCUAUUGGACCUCAGAUGUCCCAGUAAACAGAAAAUGGAUCUGUUUACUAGCCAUGUUGCUUGGACGUCUCUGAAUCUUGUUCCUACCAAGGGAACUGAAGCUAGCAAGUAAGACAUUGUGAACAGUAAGUGUCAUUCCCUUGACCCACCAAGGCUCUGCGUGUAAGCAUCCAAUGAAUGGCUGCAGGUUUUGUUGCAGUUACAUUGGCAGAACCCAAGAUAACUGGUGGAGAAAGAGGCAAGCCAGGCAGGCCCUCUCCUUACAGCAUUUGCCUUCCAGCGAACUGGCUUGGUGCGGACUCAAAGGCUGCUUUUAAGUCCUUGUAAAGAGAAUUAUACCUGUGAACUGCACUGUGAGAACAAGUCACUCUAGCCAGGGAGUACACCUGUGUUUGUACCACAUGUCCAGGACACUUACGUUGUAAUGUGUAAAGCAUGUCUGUGAAAGACAGUCCUGAAAAAAAAAAGCUCAUUGCAAGUGCUGAUGGAGAUGGAUGAGUGACAGGCACGGGCCAGAGAACAGAAGGGCUGUGGAUAUGCUAAGAGGAGGGGCUGAAUUCAAUGGCGGCUAACUGUUCAUGUGUGUGUGUGUGUGUGUGUGUGUUUUACCAUUACUUACAUCUGGAUACCAAAUGCAUGCCAGAAGAGGGCAUCAGAUCCCUUUAUAACAGACAAGAUGUGAGUGUUGGAAUUGAACCGCAAUCCACUGGAAGAGCAGCCAGUGCUCUUAACUGUGGAGCCAUCUCUUCAACCCCCCUAAGGUGUCUUUUAACUGCACUAUAUGGACACACACAGGAAAAGGCAGACUGUUCUCACAGAUCUACUGAGCUGACAUGUUGCGCACUCAUCCGGUUGAAAAGGCAAUGUUUGAGAUUGCAGUAAGAAAGCCAUGGGCUUGAGCAUCUCCAUAGUGAUUCUGGGAACUGAUGCGCAGCAAGGUCUGCCACACUGCACAUGGGCUGUUGUGGACGCAGCCUGACAGGCAGAGCCUUUCAACUGGCCUCACCCUGGGGCCCUCUCACCAUGUAGUCCUCCUUGGAGGCUGAAUGGUCCUUCCGAAGCCAGCUGAAGGUGUCUUCCACAUUCCACUUGACCACUUUUCUGCUGUCAGGGGAUGCACUCCUGCGGGUUGAUAGCAAGAGAAAUGAGCUGCAAGGCCCAGCUGCUAGGUGUCCGCUCCUGCCCACCUCCUACUUCGCUACCAUCUCAGGCAUUAGCCUCUAGGCUUACCACCCACCUGUCCUUGGCAGCCUGAGCAUUAGCCGGUUGUAUUGCCCUCUCCCACCCCAUUUUGAUUGUGUGGGGCCAAGAAAGCCAAACCUAGACUCGAUGAGCCGCCUGGCAGCCUCUGCAUAUUUAAAAAGCAGACGUUUGGCUUCCUCCCGGAACUUGAUUCUGGAUAACCUGAGUUAGAAAAGAGACAAGACUUAGAGCCCUCCUACAUGUGACCUGGCACAAGAACCUAGCAGCUGAACUGUGGAGCUAUACCUGAUGGGAAUGUCAUUCAUAAUUUCACGAAACAUAGACGGUGACACAACUGGAUCACAGUUGCUUGGCAGCAGGGGGUCAGAGCCUUUGUCUACUACUUUGCGCUCCAGCAUCCAACGGUUGAAAGAUUCUCGAGGUGGCUCAAUGCCUGUGGGACAAAGAGUUGCUAAGGUAAGGACCUGGAAUAGUCAACAGGGUCCACUGAGACAGAAAAAGGCAGAGCUGUGGGUGUUUUUUCACAUGCUUAUUUCCUAGGCUUCAUUUUCUCAAACUAUACUCUGAGACUCAUGAGUAUUUUUUUCUUAAGACAGGGUCUGGUAAUGCAGCCCAGACUAGCCUGGAAUUUGAAAUCCUGCCUGAGCUUCCUGAGAGCUGGGAGGUGUGAGCUCCAAGCAUGCUUUCUCUAAGAAUUUUAGUCCCCAACUUACAGGUGUGGGAACUGCAGACAAGUUGAGAAACACACUCCACAUCACAGAGCUGGGACCCCAACAAGUCUGUUUCCCUACAGCAAACCCUGAACCACCAGGCCACCUUCCCACCCAAACCCAAGUGUGAAGCCAAGGGGAGGCUGCAGAGCCCUCACCCUCACGCUGCUGGCACAGCUCCCGGUAGUGCUGGCGUAGCUUCAGGAUGAGCUGGGAGCGGAGCAGCUCAACCUCAGGGUGUGGGGGCAGGACCUCUGAAGGACCCCUGUGCUUGAUGACAGCAUUGGUCUGGAUGUCCAGGUCCCAGUACACCCUAGGGGCACAGACAGGAGUUGUGAAAAUGGCCUGCCCACCACUGCCACCCCACACAGUCCUGAGCAGACUGGCCAUCAGCAGUGACUCACUCGGUGGGUCGGAGGAGAGCUGCCUGCUGUUUAUCUUCAGCAGAUCCACCCCAAAUCUUUAGUGUUGGGGUUCCUGGGAUGCUGGGGGAACUGGGUACGGACUGGCUUGUGGGUGUCACAGGUAUUUCAAUCUGAAGGAAAAGAAUCCAAAAGAUGUCAAGUCAGAAGACUAUAGCCAGGCCCACCAGCUGCACUUGGGAUGCCCUCCUGACCCACCCUUUGCAGGGAGCUGCUGACCACACACCCAAGGUAACCACCUACCAGCCAGGUCUAGGACCCCCCAGAUACUCACCUUGGGCUUCUUUACACCGUUGCCACUUGGCUGCUCUUCUGAGAGUUGCCGCUUUCUGGGCUUGUUCUCCACUGGGGGAGUUUCCACCAAGCUUGAGUCUUGGGGCAAUGGGGUUGCAUUCAGCCCCAAAGGGUCCGACUAGUGGAAGGAAAACAGCAGAAUUACAAACAGGGCCAGUGGCUUAGGAGCCCCAAUAGUUCAAACUCUUCACACCCUGCUCUGGCCUGGGAUACAGAUGAAGAACCUUGGACUCCACUACUGCCUGUGACCUGCAGCUGUGGCCAGGGGUGAGCUACCUGCUUCCUGAUGCCCUCACUUUUGGAAAGGCCAUGUUAAGCCCACCUCACCAAUGACAUUGUGACACAAGUCACUGAGUGGCUUGCUAUGAUGUCUGGCAUUAGAUCAGUGCCUUAAGAACAAAAUAGAAAUGAGGAAUCAAGAGCAGUCAGGGAACAUUUUUCAGACAAGCAAGGCUCUGCCUGGACCUCCUUUAGUGACACCAAGAAUCGCUGCAAUUAGCCCUCUACUACAAGCAGCCAUAUGGCCUUGGGCCAGUUAACUUCCCUUUGAACCUCAGUGUUUUGCCUGUAAAACAAAGAGGCCCCUGCCUGACUGUGUGUAGUAAGGGCUGCUCCAGCUGAGGGAUCCAAGAACUGAGGUUCCUUCAGGAAGCCUGUGGUUAUACUCCUAGAACAUUCUUCUCCUCCCACUUAGUCAGCCUCACCAUAAACUCUGAUUCUCAGAGCUCUUCCUUCUCUUCCCCAGACCAGGAUCCCCAAUGGAAUUCAGUACAUUCUUUAAUAAGUCCACAACUAGAAUCCUACUGUCUGCCACAGAAGCAUACUGCAAAGACAGGGAGCUCGUCUGUCUUGCUGGCGCCUACCUUUCUGCAUGGUACCCAGUGUUCAGCAUGCUACACUAAUAAUCUGCUCCCCUGUCUCCUGUUUGAUUGCAGGAUCUCUGAAAACAGGGAUUGUCUUGCUUGACAUUUUAUCUGCACAGGGCUAGACACUUAGCUGUGUGACAUACAUUUAUGGAAGGCCACAGGCCUGCUGAGACCCUUGCCCCAAGUUGGCACUCACAAGCACAUCGUGCUGGCCCAGCACGGGCAUCUCCCACAGGGACUGGUUGGUGAAUCGGUUGAAGUAGUAGGGACGGCUCUCCCUCCGGCUCCAGCACUUCUCCCAGCCUGCGUGUACCAGCUCCUCUGCAAACAAGAGUACAACCCACAGUCAGGGCUGCCCACAGAACUCACUAUUCCUACCAGCCCAUACCACUCCCUCCAGUACCUGGGAGGUCCUGUACCAGGCGGACUGGCUUUGGAGAACAGGGCUGGCUCUGAUUGGAGGUGCCUGGAGAGUGACUUAGAAGGGAUGCUUCCUCCCGGGGGCUGCCAUGAUUCUCAUUGGCCAUCUCAGCAGCCACACGGGACCUGCCACACAGAGGACCAAGAGUGUCAACUCCAUCCUACUCACCAAUGACAACCUAGGGCUCUGGUAACUUAUCUAGAGAUUUGAGAAAUUCAACACAGUCUUGUCGUAGACAGCUAGCCAGCUAGUGCCAUAGGGGCAGUGAGAUUGAAGUUUCUGUCCCUCACCUGUAAGAUGGGGUACCCACCUAGCCAAAUCCUUUGCUUUAAUGGCCUGGCUUAUCCUUGGGCUCUCAUCCUCCAGGAAAGCUCUUUCCUGGCCCUCUUCCCAGGGUUGGUGGACAAAGCUCUUCCGCAGUGUCACUGAAAAUGGGUCAUAGUACUUACAUGGCUAGGCACACAGUGGGACUGUCUCCUUAGACUGGGUCCAGUGUGUCGCUCUCCAGAGCUAAGAAUGCCACCUGGACUCAAAAGGAGCUCUACUAAUCCUCCAAACAUUUACUGUCUGCCCUCCAAGGACCAGUGACUUCUUUUGGGAAGACAGAGUUUUAUUGCUCCCACUAGGUAAAGUCAGUGGACCAGCUGGGGAAGCAUGAACUCUGGUUGUAGUUUGUUGCUAAGGAAACCAGUGUAAUAACUGAAGAGGGUUUAGUCCUUCAGAAGCCCCAGGUUAAACACUGAAGGAAUAUCUGUAUUCCCCACUACUCCCUCCCAGAGCACACCUAGCAUAAGCCUCAAAGGCCAGGUGCUCCCAGUCUGGUACUACUACACACCUAGGGGCCACCUGAGAUGGGAUUGAUGGUGCUCAUGUUGUUUUUAGUGUAUAACAGAACCCACAAGAAACCCUCGCCCACAGUAAGACCACAAAGGUUUUCUUUAGAAGCUGAUCAGGGUCCCUGACUCGUUGACACAUCAUAGGAAUCAUUGAAUAUUUAUUUUAUUGUACACUCAGAGAUGUCUGUUAAUUUGGAAAGGGAAAAUCAAUAGUUACUUUAUCUGUACAUUUUGGCAGAUAAGAAUUGCAGCAACAAGACACAUGAUCACAGAAAGGUUUGGAGUAACUCCGUUAGGAAGGCUGAGCCCAUGGCUUUCAAGGCUGAAUAAGGUCCCCUUUUCUCUCACCCUCUGGGGUCUGCAACACUAGCAUGAGAGGGUUUUCUUCUCUGGCUGGAUUGAACCCACGUCACAGGGUCCCACAGAAGCAGAGGGGAGGCCCACAGGAAGGUGUAGCACAGGAAGGUAGGCUGGUCAGCAGUGUAGUUGACAGGGACGCAGGGGACUCCGUGCAUCAGCAGCUGGAGAGCAAACAGAAAAGAGUCAUUAGCCUGUGAAACCUUACUAGGCAGGGACAACAGAAGAGAGAAAGGACACGCUGGGAGGGUCUGGAGGCUCAAGGUACUUCUCACAGAGAUCAAGACAAGCCUGGUGAAUAUAGUGUGAUACUGUCUAAAUAAAUAUGCUGAAACAUC